GCAAAGCGGUGCGCAUGCGCGGUGCGGCGGGGGUUGGAGUCGGCCGCGCAGAAUGCGGCGGAGGUGGUGAGGCCCCCGCGGGGAGGGGGCGGGAGGAGGGAGAGGCACUUAUAAAUGGCGCCCAAGCAGGACCCCAAGCCCAAAUUCCAGGAGGGUGAACGAGUGCUUUGUUUUCAUGGACCUCUCCUUUAUGAAGCAAAGUGUGUAAAGGUUGCCAUAAAGGACAAGCAAGUGAAAUACUUUAUUCAUUACAGUGGUUGGAAUAAAAACUGGGAUGAAUGGGUUCCAGAAAGCAGAGUGCUCAAAUACGUGGAUACCAAUUUGCAGAAACAAAAAGAACUUCAAAAAGCCAAUCAGGAACAAUAUGCAGAGGGGAAGAUGAGAGGUGCUGCUCCAGGCAAGAAGACAUCUGGUCUGCAGCAGAAAAAUGUUGAAGUAUUUUUCAGACGAGAUGGAGCGCAUACUGUUUGCUGUUUGGAGACCCCUACCAUAUCGACGCGGAAAACAAAAAAGAACAAACAGAAAACUCCUGGAAUUGGAGAAGGGAGCAGUAGCAGUGAGACUCCCCAGCCUCCGAGGAAGAAGAGGGCGCGAGUAGAUCCAACAGUGGAGAGUGAAGAAACGUUUAUGAACAGAGUUGAAGUAAAGGUGAAAAUCCCGGAAGAGUUGAAACCGUGGUUGGUAGAUGACUGGGACUUGAUCACCAGGCAAAAACAGCUCUUCUAUCUUCCUGCCAAGAAGAACGUUGACUCUAUUUUAGAGGAUUAUGCAAACUAUAAGAAAUCUAGAGGAAAUACUGAUAACAAGGAGUAUGCAGUCAAUGAAGUUGUGGCUGGAAUUAAAGAGUACUUCAAUGUCAUGCUGGGAACGCAGCUGCUGUACAAGUUUGAGAGACCCCAGUAUGCUGAAAUCUUGGCAGAUCAUCCAGAUGCUCCGAUGUCUCAAGUGUAUGGUGCCCCACAUCUGUUGAGGCUAUUUGUUCGGAUUGGAGCCAUGCUUGCCUACACACCUCUUGAUGAGAAGAGUCUGGCUUUGCUGUUAAACUAUUUGCAUGACUUCUUAAAGUACUUAGCAAAGAAUUCCUCUGCACUGUUCAGUGCCAGCGACUACGAAGUAGCCCCUCCUGAGUAUCACCGGAAAGCAGUAUAGUGCUGUGCAGGAGGGGAUGGCCGGGUCCUUGUAGUACUGUCCACUUCCACAUCUUGUUCUUCACAUCUUCCUAUUGCACAUGUCCUCUAUUGCACAGACUGUGUAAGCAUAAAGUGAAUAAAGUCGUGUGUUUCAUAUGGA